GAGUGGUUUUUAAAACAAAAUUCAAAACAAAGUUUAACAAGAGACUACGAAUCAAUAUCUUCAAAAUCUACGUUAAGUCUGAUCUAUGCUUUCGAGGCUUACCAUUAUUAAUUUUUGUCUACCUUGGUUAAAUAUUUACAUACUCUCUUUUACAUCCCCCUUUGAGACUUUUUUAAUUUAACUAUUGCUUAUAGUUGUAUGACAAGUGUACAGUAAAUCAAAUUGGGGGAGACUACUGCUUAAUGUGAUUUGAUUGAUUCUUUCCAAAACUGAGGGAGUCUAAGAUGACUGGAAAAAUGGCAUUAAAAAACAAGAAAAAAAAUAAACAAAAGUCUUUAAGAUCUAAUAGAGGAGAUUCAGUUACUUUUUCUGGUCGAUGUAAAUCACUUAAAAUGGAAGAUGAUGUUGAAUUUAUUGAGUUAAACCCUUGUAUUACUGAGUCUCGUGAAGCUAUUAGACAACUAUAUCAAGGUGCUGUUAUUGCUUCUCCCGCUCCAUCUUCUUGCACCUUUGUUUCUCCUGAUUCGGAAUAUGGUGUAGAUCUUGAAAACCAUCCUGCUCGAGGGCAAAAGAAAAAAGAGAGAGAUGAGAAAGAAAAGGAUACGCGUCUUUCACCUCUCAUCGAGUUGUCGUAUGCUUCUCCAUCUCCAUUCACAACUCCAACACCGCCACUUUCUGAUGAUCGCUCUCGUCCUGAAUCUCCCUAUAGAGUUGCAUGUUUCAAACCCGAGAUAAAAGAUGAGCCUGAGAUAGUCAAGAGAACACCUUCUCCUCUCGCUAUUCCCCCUGAUUAUGCAUUCAGAGUAUCACCUCAGCGGCGUUCACCUCGAAUGUUUAAUAAACGUUCACCUUCGCCUGAAUGGUCUCAAUCAUCUCGCAAAUCACCUCGAAAGCAACUUGAUGAGCCAUUUAAAGUGCCUUCUGCACCAGCUCGACCCAUUAGUCUCGAUGCACCUGGUACCUCUGGUUUUGUUGCCUCAUCUAGUGCGGGCGGUGGGCCUGACCCAAGUCCAAGUCCUAGCUCUGAUUCUGGCUCUACAGCGACUUCCAGUUUUAGCUCUGGUUCUCACUUGUACCAUACCUCUUCCUCUUCCUCUGGAUCUGGAUCUGGCUCUGGCGGUGGCUCUGGCCCUGGAUCUGGCGCUAGUUCCAUCUCCGGCUCUAUCUCGAUUCCAGAUCCUUCACAUAGCUCUAGUGACCGCCCAAGUCCGGUUGAAAAGCCUGAAGAUUUUGACAUGAUAUUGGACCCUUUUAAAGUGUGUACAAUCAAAAAUUUUAUCCAGGAUCGAGACUAUUUAGAAAAACUUCGUAAAUACUUGACGUUUAAAUUACCCUAUGAAAAAAGAAGCGCUGAUAUGUUUGAAUAUUAUCAAGGGAAUGAUGAUGAAUUUUCAAAAAAUCGUCUUGUCCAAUCCUUAGAGUACACCUUCGUCGAUAAACUUGUCCCUUUUAUGUCUUAUAUGUUUGGAUUCCCUUUGCGUAAAGACAAAUUGACGCUGAGUGCUUCUAAAUAUUCAUUUACUAACUAUUUGCUUUGCCAUGAUGACGUUUAUGAGGAUAAGCGGAUCGCUUUCGUGCUUUAUCUUAGUAAAAAGUGGAAAAAAGAAUACGGAGGUACACUAGACUUUUUUGGAACAAACAAACACAAUGAUCCUACUAAACCCAUUACCAGCAUAAUACCCGAAUACAACAGACUUAUUUUUUUUGAGAUAUCCCCCAUUACUCAUCAUCAAGUCUCUGAGGUUAUUGUUCCUGAGCAUGACCGAAUAACAAUUAAUGGAUGGUUCCAUGGCGUUUUCCCUCCAGCAAAAAUUAUUAGGGACCCAGAACCACAGAUAUCUGAAAUCAGACCUGCUAAUGUUUCAGAUGACCAUAUAUACAUUGAUAACUGGAUGCACAAGAUGUAUUUUUCAAAAUCGCGUCAAAUGAGGAUACAGGCUCUAUUCAAAGAGAAUGGAUAUGUUUAUCUUCCUGGUUUCAUGCGUAAGGAAAAAUUUAAAGAAGUAGUCAAAGCUCUACGAGAAGCAGAUGGCUGGAUGUUUAUAGGUCCACCAAACAGACGGAGAUACGAAGUUCUACCGGAAGAUUUAUUACCUAAUAUUGUUAAAGAUUGUCUUCGAUUUUUUAUUUGCGAGGCAAUGUUUCUAACUAUGUUUAACUUUACUGGAUGCAAGCUGCAUGCCCUGGCAUUCGCUGCACCAGAGGUAGAAAUUCAACUAAAAUUUGCAAAAUAUCGUAUGGAUGAAUCGCCUGAUGCUGAAACUGCUGAAGAUAUAGAAUGUGACACUGAAAUUUUGGAUAUUGCUACUGCUAUUGAAAGAGGUGAGCCCAUUGCCGCCAAUGUACUUUAUGGUCAAUUUCCACCAUCACCAAAUUCACCAGAAGAAGCCAUCAACUUCUAAAAAAACAGCUACUCCAGCAUCUCCUAAGAGAACUGUUUCUUCGGAGAGACCACCAACACCACCAAAACCAGAAUUUCUAAAAAAACUAGCAUCUCCUAAGAAAACUGCUUCUACCGACACCAGAGAGACCAUCAACGUCUAAACAAUCGCCAACGCUAGAGAGACCAUCAACAUCUAAACAAUCGCCAACGCUAGAGAGACCAUCAACAUCUAAACAAUCGCCAACGCUAGAGAGACCAUCAACAUCUAAACAAUCGCCAACGCUAGAGAGACCAUCAACAUCCAAACAAUCGCCAACGCUAGAGAGACCAUCAACAUCUAAAAAACCACCGACGCCAGUAAAACCAGCAUCUUUAAGAAGACCAACGCCUUGGAGAAUGUCACCUGAUAUUGAUCCAAUACCAGGAACAUCGAAGUCCCAGGACGCACCAGUAAAAGUUGUAAAAAAAGAAAGACCGACUUCCUGGCUUAAAGAUAAAAGGUUAGACCCAAGAGCAACUAUAAUAAUUCGUCGAUGGCAACCUGGAAGUUAUAGUUUAGCUACCGAUGAUGAAGACGUUUUGGCUCCUCAAGGUGUUCUCGAUGUUCAUUUUGCAUUUGAUCAUGUUGCCGGUACCUGUCAAACCCAUGGAGGUUAUAUAAGCUAUGUUAACAAAGAAACAGGAGAAGAGUUUUAUAGAUGUACUCCUCAAGAAAAUGUGCUUCAUUUGGUUUGGUUGCCUCCUUCGGAGUAUCGUUUCAUUAAAUACCAUAAUGUGCUCGCUGAACACGUCUAUUAUGAUAUCAAUGUUAUCUACAAAGAAUAAAUUUUAUAAUAAAUACUUGCGCUAGCUAAAAACAUUUAUAUCUCUUACACUCGUUAAUAAAUUUUUCUCGGAAA